AUGGACCCCCAGAGGAAGAGCUCUGAGGAUGACGGCGGCGGGGAGAGGGGGCUCCUCCACACCUGGAGGGGCUACUCCUACAGCAUCACCCCGGAGAGGCUGCUCCUCCCACGGCCGGUCCUCCAGGUGGCCGUGGGCGUCCGGCACAGCGUCCUGCUGGUGGAAGGAGGACAGGUGUACAGUUUGGGGGAGCUGCCCUGGAAGCAGAGUCCGGCCUCAGAGGCGGCCGGACCCACCCUGGAGAGCGCGCUGGGCGGGCACCAGGUGGUGGCGGUGGCGGCGGGCAGCUUCCACUGCGGCGCGGUGACGGAGGACGGGGGCGUGCACAUGUGGGGGGUCAACGCGGCGGGGCAGUGCGGCCUGCCGGGGCUCAGCAGCGUCCCCAACCCCACGCCGGUGGCCCUGACCGGCGGCGGCGGCGGCUCCGCGCAGACGGUGCCGGUGCUGGAGCUGGCCUGCGGGGGGGGCCACACGCUGGCGCUGACCGCUCAGAGGGAGGUGUGGGCGUGGGGCGGCGGCUGCCCGCUGGGCCUGACCGCCGCCGCCGCCGUCUUCCCCGUCUGGAAACCGCGGCGGGUGGAGCACCUGGCGGGGAGGCGGGUGCUGCAGGUGGCCUGCGGGGGGGCGCACAGCCUGGCCCUGGUGCGCUGCCUGGGGCCCCGGGACGCCCGCCGGCCCCCCGUGGACACGUGCGGCCAGUGCGACCAGCUGCUGUACACCAUGACCGACAAGGAGGACCACGUCAUCAUCUCCGACGGACACUACUGCCCGCUGGGCGUGGAGCCCGCCGAGGACGAGGCCGCCAAACCCACCCCGUCCGAGUCUGACCCCUCCCACAACGCCCCCGCGGCGUCUCCUGUCCCCGCAGAGAUGACCCCUGACCCGGCCAAUGCUCAGAACUCAGAAGAAGAAAAAGAGGAAGCCCGAUUGGCUGACGCAGCUGAGAGCAAAGGCGGCGGCGGCGCGGCGGGGGCGAAGUCUUCCCCCUAUCCGGACGAGCGGGCGGUGAAGGAGUACCUGAGGAAGCUGUCGGACAGCUCCCAGACGGACGCCAAAGCGGCGGGCGGAGGACUGACCGCCCUGCUGCCCUCCACCCCUUCCUCUUCCUCCUCCUCCUCGGCGCUCAACAGCCUGGUGGCGUCCUGCGCCUCGGCCGUGGGCGAGCGCGUGGCCUCCACCUACGAGGCGCUGUCCCUGAAGAGGAUGAUGAUGAACCUCUACCUGCCCACGGGGGACAUCCACCGGGAGGAGGCGGAGGGAGCGCGGCGCCGCCUCUCGCUGCCGGGACUCCUCUCACAGGGUAGAUACGCCGUCCACCUCUUGUCCUCCUCCUCCUCUGCCCUGCUGCUGUCUCCCCGCCUGCUCCGGAAGGCCUGCCGGCCCCGGGUGCGCGCCGUGGCCCUCACCCCGAUGGACGGGGCCGUCCCCGAGGCCCAGGAGGCGCUGCCCACCCUGCAGACCGAGGUGUGGAGCUGGGGCCGCGGCCAGCACGGCCAGCUGGGACACGGGGACAACCUGGACAGGCAGCAGCCGCUGUGCAUCAAGAGCCUGAACGGGAAAGAAGUGGUGCGGGUGGCGGCCGGCGCUGACCACUCAGUGGCCUUGACGGCCCAGUCUCAGAUGUUCUCGUGGGGCAGAAACAGCUCCGGUCAGCUGGGCCACAUGGAGACCCCCAGCACCGUCCCUCGCCUCGCCAAGCUGUCGGAGGGGAUCCGGGUGUGGGACGCCAGCGCCGGUCAGAGCCACACCCUCCUGCUGGCCGACGGAGACUGCAUCCAGCCCAUCAUCUACUACAGCGGGGAGCAGGUGACGGAGGGCCGGGACAGGCCCUGCAGAGAGGAGGAGGAAGAGGAGGAGGAGGAAGAGGAGCGGGGGGGCGGCUACACCCAGCAGCCGGUCCUGCUGCCCUUCUGCAUGAACCUGGGUUACGUGAGCGGCGUGGCCGCCGGCGGGCAGAGGUGCAUGGCGCUCGCCGACAGGAACGUGAUGGGCUUCAUCGCCGGCCUCCACGAGCUGGCGUCCGCCGAGAGGAAGUUCUACUGCAAGCUGUGCGCCGUCAAGUCGCAGGUCGUGCGCCCCCUGCUGGAGCUGGACGUUCUGAGCGCGGCGCUGGGCCCCGUGGCGCUCGGCCUCCUGCAGGCCGCGGCGGGCCAGUUCAGCGCCCUGUGCCACCUGACCGGGCAGCACGCCGCCAGCCUGACCGCCAACCUGCGGCGCGGCCGCGACGUCAAGUGCCUGCUCAUCCUGGACCACGCCGACGUCUUCCUGGACUGUUACGACCACUACGCCGGCGCUGUGGGCAACUUUCACGUGAUGGGGGGCUUCCAGGCUCUGACCAAGCCGUCCCUGGACUUCUUCGGGAAGAGCCCCGAGCUGCUCCAGAGGCUGUCGGAAUGCGGCGAGGAGAACCCGGCCAUGGCCGACCUCCUGUCCGCCAUCUUCUACCUGCCCGUCCACCACCUCCACCACUACGGCCGGCUGCUGCUCAAGCUGGCCACCUGCUUCGAAGUGAAAUCCGACGACUACAGGAGGCUCCAGGACAGCUGCUCCAAGUUCGAGGCCCUCACCCUGCUGCUAAAGAAGAGGAGGAAAGAGGCGGAGAUCUCCUUCCACUUCUGGAAGAGCUUCCCUGGCAAAAUGACGGACUCGCUGCGGAAGCCCCAGCGCCGGCUCAUCUGCGAGAGCAGCAACAAAGCGCUGAGCCUGCAGAACGCCGGCAGGUUCUCCGUCAACUGGUUCAUCCUGUUCAACGACGCCCUGGUGCACGCACAGGGCGUGGCGCCUUGCAAAAAUCUCUUCUCCACCCAUCAUAUCUUCCCACUGGCCACUCUGUGGGUGGAGCCGAUCCCAGAGGAAGACACCGGCCUGCACGCGCUGAAGGUGAUCUCGCCCGAGGAGACCUUCACCCUGCUGGCCUCGUCUCCCGUGGAGAAGUCCAAGUGGCUUAGAGCCAUCAACCAGGCCGUGGAGCAGGCACUGAGCUGGCCGGAGCCGGACGCGGCGCCCAGGUCCGAUCCCCCCGUCUCCAGGACGGCGUCCUUCACGUUUUAUAAAGACGGACGGCUGAAGGAGGCCACGUACGAGGGCCGCUGGCUUGCCGGAAAGCCCCACGGCAGAGGAGUGCUGAAAUGGCCCGACGGGAGAAUCUACACCGGGGCCUUCAAGAGCGGGCUGGAGGACGGCUUCGGUGAGUUCGUGGCUCCUAAUAAGACUCUCAACAAGGACGACUACUAUCAAGGGGACUGGAAAGAGGGCAAGAUGCACGGCACAGGGAUCUACAGGUACGCGAGCGGGGAGGUGUACGAGGGCUCCUUCCAGGACGGCAUGCGGCACGGCCACGGAGUGCUGCGCAGCGGCAAGCUCAACACCUCCUCCCCCAGCGUCUUCAUCGGCCAGUGGCUGCAGGACAAGAAGACGGGCUACGGAGUGUUCGACGACAUCACAAAGGGAGAAAAGUACAUGGGCAUGUGGCAGGACCACCAGCGGCAGGGGCACGGCGUCGUGGUCACUCAGUUCGGUCUGUACUACGAGGGCGCCUUCAAAGACAAUAAGAUGAUGGGCAACGGGAUCCUUCUGUCGGAGGACGACACGAGGUACGAGGGGGAGUUUUCUGAUGACUGGACACUCAGUGGAAAGGGCGUGCUGACCAUGGCCAACGGCGACUACCUCGAGGGCUCCUUUAGCGGGGAGUGGGGCUCCGGCCUCAAAGUGACCGGCUCCUACUUCAAGCCCCAUCUGUUUGACGCCGACAAGGACAAGACCAGAGCCGUGAAACUGGGGCGUGUGUGCGUGCGCGCGGAGGAUAAGUGGACGGCCGUGUUCGAGGAGUGCUGGGGUCAGCUGGGCUGUGCCCCCCCGGGACAGGGAGAGCACCGGAGGGCCUGGGACAACAUAGCCGCCGCCCUCGCCGCCAGCCAGCAGUGCCUCCAGGACAGCCCGGAGGGGUUGUCCCGGAGCCACAGCAGAACCCUGGAGAGUCUGGAGGUGGCCCCGCAGCACGAGGGCCCGGUCACUAUGGAGAGAUACCACACCAUCCGCCUCUACCUCAUCAAGGCCUGCGACACCCCCCUCCACCCUCUGGGCCGGCUGGUGGAGACCCUGGUGGCGGUCUACAGGAUGACGUACGUGGGCGUGGGUGCAAACCGCCGGCUCCUGCCUCAGGCCGUCAACGAGAUCAAGUCUUACCUCAGUCGCAUCUUCCAAAUCAUCAGGUUUCUGUUCCCGGACCUGCCAGAAGAGGGCGGUCUAAUACCCGAGCCUGCGGAGGACCGCGCCCAGGGGAGGGAGCCAGACGCCCCGCUGGAGUCCCCCAAACCCUGCCGCGUGGUCAGCAGCUCGGCCCUGCUGCUGCCCGCCCUGCUGCCCCGCCUCUACCCGCCGCUCUUCACGCUCUACGCGCUGGAGAAGGAGAAGGAGGACGACCUGUACUGGGAGUGCGUCCUCCGCCUCAACAAGCAGCCCGACCUGGCCCUGCUGGCCUUCCUGGGCGUCCAGCAAAAGUUUUGGCCCGUCUCCAUCCCGAACUCCUUGCCAACACCAGGAGAGAAGCAGCAGGUCAUCUCCAGCACCAAAGACGUGUGCUUCGCCUCCGCGGUGGAAACCCUGCAGCAGAUCAGCACCACCUUCACCCCCACCGACAAGCUGCAGGUGAUCCAGCUCACCUUCGAGGAGAUCACGCAGGAGGUGCAGGCGCUGCUGAGGCAGGACUUCCUGUGGUCCAUGGACGACCUGUUCCCCGUCUUCCUCUACGUGGUGCUGCGGGCCCGAAUCAGGAACCUGGGCUCAGAGGUCAGCCUCAUCGAGGACCUGAUGGACCCCUGCGUCCAGCACGGAGAGCACGGGAUCAUGUUCACCACUCUCAAGGCCUGCUACUACCAGAUCCAACACGAGAAGGUCACAUGAAAAUGCCGUCCAGAUGCUGGAGAUGAGACACUUUAUAAACGUCCUGGGGGGGAAAAAGAUACCAACUAUUUUAUCAUCGACCUCAUAGGUUGCGAGGAAGUUGAUACGGUUCUCAAAACAGUGUUAAAGGUUACGAUGUCUGAGGGGGGCAGCCAUUUUUCUUUUCUUCUUUUUUUUAUUAUUCCGAAAGAAUUUGUUUUGCAGUAUAAAAACUAUGAAGUUGACUCAGCCGGAAGUAGAGUUUCGAAGAAAAAGGAUCUAAAAAGUCUUAGAUCUGACAUAGAUUUGUGUGUGUGGAUAACAGACACUUUUUAAGAAACCAGCCAGUCUUGGUGGUGCAUGAUUAGCCAAAAUUGGACACCACCAUCAGAUUUUUCACAAAGCACUUCACUGAAACCUAUGGCUGUGUUUCGUGCUGCCAAAGUAAACCAAAAGAUUAUCGUGAAAAUAUCGUAAAAACACAGCAGCAAUGGACUCAUUUCCACUCUAAAAUAUGUCAUGAGGAA